GGCCGCUUACGCGUCGCGCUUCCUCGUCUGCUCCUCGUGUUCAGGCGAGCUCGCUCUCUUUUUCGCGUCGGCAGAGAAGAGGCGAUGGCGGCGAUGGCAUCUCUCGGCGCCCUGGCGCUGCUCCUGCUGUCCGGCCUGUCCUGCUGCUCAGCAGAGGCGUGCGUGGAGCCCCAGAUCACCCCGUCCUACUACACCACUUCUGACGCCGUGAUUUCCACCGAGACCGUCUUCAUCGUGGAGAUCUCCCUCACAUGCAAGAACAGGGUCCAGAACAUGGCUCUUUACGCUGAUGUCAGUGGAAAACAGUUCCCUGUGACCCGGGGUCAGGACGUGGGGCGGUACCAGGUGUCCUGGAGCCUGGACCACAAGAGCGCUCACGCGGGCACCUACGAGGUCAGGUUCUUUGACGAGGAGUCUUACAGCCUCCUGAGGAAGGCGCAGAGAAAUAACGAGGACAUUUCGAUCAUCCCGCCCCUGUUCACAGUCAGUGUGGACCAUCGGGGCACUUGGAAUGGACCCUGGGUCUCCACUGAGGUGCUGGCUGCAGGCAUUGGCUUAGUGAUCUACUACCUGGCCUUCAGCGCAAAGACCCACAUCCAGGCCUGAGAGCAGCAGGCCCCCUCAGCCCGCCUUCCCUAAUGAAUAAACAGUCACUGGGCGCUAUGAGCGGCGCGUCCGGGACCCAGG